AUGUCCUCUGCUCAAGAUUCCGCCACCAAGAUCUCUAUCGAUAGAUUCGAUGGAGACAACUACGCGACGUGGAGCCGCUACAUGCGUGGCGUGUUCCUGACCAAGUCGACGUGGCACGUGGUAAACCGGGAGACCAUCCCCACCUUCGCCGAUCCUCGCGCCAGUGAUGAGUACGUCAAGACGAACAACAUUGCGUUCGGCUUGAUGUUACUUCACAUGAGCGCGGACUAUCAUCACGUGGUUGAUGACUGCGACGAGGCAUGGGUUGCGUGGACACGGUUGAAGACUCUCUACGGCGGAUCGCAGAAGGCGGGACGGAUCUUCUUGAAGCGGCAGCUGUUCAGCAUGGAGAUGGCGGAAGGCAGCAAUGUGAUGCAUCAUUGCAAUGAAGUUCUCAACAUCAGCGCCAAGCUCAGCAGCAUCGGCGCCAAGAUGGAGGAUGAGGACGUGGCGAUCUGCUUGUUGUGCAGCCUCCCCAAGAGCUACGAGAACGUCGUGCUGAACUUGGAGAUGAGCAGCGCGGAACUGCGGACGCAAGACGUCGUGAAAGUGCUGACGAAUGAGCACAUCAAGAGACAAGGGAAAAAGACGACAUCGGUGAAAACUGAAGAAGCGACCAAGGCCUUCAGUACCGAGCGUGAGGUUCGUCAGUGUACGUUCUGCGGAAAAUUGGGGCACACGGUGGAAAAGUGCUGGACCAAGCAGAAGGAAGACAAUCGGGGAGCUCGACGCGGCGGCAAUGCACGUGGACGCGGAGCGAAUCAAGUUCAGUGGCAAGGCUACAACGGCAACAGCAACUGUGACUAUGAUCGAGUGGCGUUUGCUGUUUCGCUGAAAUGCGAACUUUCAACGACCAAGAGCAUGUCUGGAAUGUUAUUGUGGGUUGACGGUUGA